AUGUUGUUCCCGGUGUCAUCCCUUCUCCUGCUCGCCAUAGCCGGCUCGGCCAGCGCGGCGACGCCUGGCCGCGACCGCAGCAGUCUCAACGCCGACUGGCGGUUCUCCCGGUUUACCUCAAACCCGGACUCGCUGUCGUACAACACGCUCAGGUCAUGGAUCCUGCCGCAGGCCAAUGACUUCCUUGUUGACGGGGCCAAGCACACGGCGCCCUCGGGCACCGCGCCCGGCAGCAACGUCGCCUACGUGCAGGCCAACUUCAACGAUGCCGGCUGGCAGAGCCUGGAUUUGCCGCAUGACUGGGCCAUCGCGGGGCCCUGGAAUGCGCCGGGCAUCAGCGGCGGCAUGGGCCGGCUGCCUACCAACGGCGUGGGGUGGUACCGCAAGAACCUGACCGCGACGGCCUCGGAUGUGGACGGCACCAAGUCCAUCUUCCUGGAUUUCGACGGCGCCAUGUCGUACGCCGCCGUCUGGCUCAACGGGAACCUGGUCGGCGGGUGGCCGUACGGGUACGCCUCGUUCCGUCUCGAUCUGACGCCGUACCUGAAGGAGGGCAACAACAUCCUGGCGGUGCGGCUGGACAACGCGGUGGAAAACUCGCGGUGGUAUCCCGGCGCGGGCAUCUACCGGAAUGUGUGGCUCGUCAAGGUGGACAAGACGCACGUGGCGCAGUACGGAACGCAGAUCACGACGCCCUCGGUUUCCUCGAGCUCGGCGACUGUGAACGUGGUUGUGCAGGUCGAGAACCUCGGCAAUGCGACUCGCCAGGUCGACGUGACCACGGACAUCUACGAGAUCGAUCAGAGCACGAACACAGUCGCAUCGGGGGCCGCGGCGGUAGCCUCGAUCAAGCCGACCACGAUCAGCGUCGGCGCCGGCAAGAAGCAGGCGGUCAACGGAUCCACGGCCGUCGCCAACCCGCGCCUCUGGGGCCCGCCGCCGGCCCAGACACCCAACCUGUACGUGGCCGUCACGACGCUGUCGGCCACCGGCGCCAACGGGACCAAGACCGUGAUCGAUACCUACGAGACGCGGUUCGGCAUCCGCUCGAUCGCCUACGAUCCGAGCAAGGGCCUGCUGGUCAACGGGCAGCACGUCUACGUGCAGGGCGUAUGCAACCACCUCGACCAGGGCGCCAUCGGCACGGCGUUCAAUUUCCGGGCGACGCAGCGGCAGCUCCAGACGCUGCAGGAGAUGGGCGCCAACGCGCUCCGGACGUCGCACAACCCGCCCGCGCCGGAGCUCCUCGACCUGGCCGACACGAUGGGCUUCCUGGUGCUCGACGAGGCCUUCGACUGCUGGUCCUCGGGCAAGGUGACCAACGACUACCACCUCCUCUAUUCGGACUGGCACGAGGCGGACCUGCGCGCCUUCAUCCGGCGCGACCGGAACCACCCUUCGGUGAUUGCGUGGAGCAUCGGCAACGAAGUCUCCGAGCAGUCGAGCAGCCAGGGCGGCAGCUUGGGUCAGCAGCUGCAGAACAUCGCCCACUCGGAGGACCCCACGCGCCAGUGCACCACGGCCAUGAACGCGGCCGGGCCAACCGCCGCGCUGCCGGGCGUGAUCGACAUCAUCGGGCUCAACUACGAGGGCGAGACCGGGGCCUACGGCAGCUUCCACAGCAGAUUCCCCAACAAGAUGAUCUGGGGCACGGAGACGGCCUCGUGCAUCAGCAGCCGCGGCACCUACCUCUUCCCGGUCACCAGCGCCAACAGCGCCGUGUACAGCACGUCCGGCGGGGCCGACGGCACGCACCACUACCUCAGCGCGUACGAGCUCUUCACCCCGGGCUGGGGCAGCAGCCCGGACGGGGUGUUCGCGGGGCAGGACCGGUACCCGUUCGUGGCCGGCGAGUUCGUGUGGACGGGGUUCGACUACAUCGGCGAGCCGACGCCGUACGGGGGCUCGGGCGGGGCGCGCAGCUCCUACUUCGGCAUCGUCGACCUGGCCGGCUUCCGCAAGGACCGCUUCUACCUGUACCAGGCGCGCUGGCGGCCCGACCUGCCGUCCGCGCACAUCCUGCCGCACUGGACCUGGCCGGACCGCGUCGGGCAGACCACGCCCGUGCACGUCUUCAGCGCCGCCGACGAGGUCGAGCUGUUCGUCAACGGCGCCUCCGCCGGCCGCCUGAAGCGGCCCAACGCCUCCACGUACCGCUUCCGCUGGGACAGCGUCAAGUACGCGCCCGGCUCGCUGCGCGCGGUGGCCUACAAGGACGGCAAGCAGUGGGCGGUGGACGAGCGGCGGACGGCGGGCGACGCGGCGGCGCUGAACGUGACGGUCGACCGCGCGGCGAUCGCCGGCGACGGGAAGGACCUGGCGUACGUGAGCGUCGCGGUGGUGGACGCCAACGGCACGGUGGUGCCGCGCGCGAGCAACGAGGUCACCUUCUCCGUCAGCGGGCCGGGGCAGCUGGUGGCCACCGACAACGGCGAUCCGACGGACUACACCGCGUUUCCGAGCGCCGCCCGCAAGGCGUUCUCGGGCCUGGCCAUGGGGAUCGUCAGGGCGCAGAAGGGCCAGACUGGCCAGGUCACUGUCACGGCCAAGGCGGAUGGGCUGGCGCAGGGGCAGGUCACUAUCACGCUGAACUAG